CGGCAAAGCGAAGUCACGAUGCAAGACUGCCAACAAGUUUAUAGUAGAGUCUCACCAGGCCUGGCCAUUCAUAACCGAGACGGCCGCUUUUCACUGGCUGGGUCAAGACCCAUGAUUGGUAUAUACAGCACACCUGAUACCAGUCCACUACAUGAUGAGUCCUGGGUUGAGGGACCUGGCACAUAUUUUAGAACUGACCGAUCAUGAAGCAGACCAGUCUCGAUUAAACAUGUCUGUUGAGUCUCCACAUCUCUCGAGUCCGUCACGGUUUCCUCGCAAAUUUUUGCAGAAAGUUCUAUCCCUAAGUUCCAUCAGCAUGGCUGUUGAUCCUCUCCAGUUCCUUUCCCUUAUUGCCUUCCUCUCCGCCCUUGAGGCUCGCGGACUCGUGUCUCUAGCCACUGGUCUGACCGAUAUGACCAUCUAUUUUCCGCUCAACAGACUGUUGGACAGCACUUCAUGCGGACCGUCAAACACUCGCACCUCCGCUUCCAAUAUUGGCUUCUUUGAUCAUGCUAGUGAAGGUUCCAUACAGGAUCAUUCCACUCCAGACUCUGGCUCUCCUUUGGGUUUUUCGGACACGACAUCUUCCACUGCAUCUUUUCCUCUGCUCUACCAGUUUCUCCUUAUCUUCUCAGGUCAACUGGCUUCUAUCUCACAAGACAUCUUGUCUCUGCGUCGUUCUGUUGCCUCGCUCGAGUCAUCGCUGUCUGCAGUUGAGGAUCAAAUCACUUUGCUUACCAACGCUCAUGAAUCGAUUUUGGCACAGUCCAAGGAUGAAUCAUGCCAGACCCAUACCAUUGCCAAGGCGUCGUCCGAUAGUGAGGAACUAGGUCAACAAUUACACCACCCGUCUAGCAUUAUGACCACCCAGCAGGUUCAAAUGAGCGCGCUGCGUGACACGGUCUGCGCGACCCACGUUAGUCCAGACCACCAACCACUUGCUGAAUGCACGCGGAGUUAUAAAGAUUUCGACGCUCCCCAGCAAUGUCUUCGUGCUCAAUUUACUACUCAGAUUCAGGAUCACAUUGAGUGCAAGAAAGACUACGCUGCCUUGCGUCAGGACCUACAAAAACUCUCGGACUUGGCCUCGAUCAAUUAUACCAAGACCAAUGUAUCGUUGGAUCACCUUCGUAGUCAGAUCGUUGACCAGGUCAAAGACCAAAAUCGGACCGAGAAAGAAGUGGCACUCUUGCGUGAACAGAUGACAAGGAAAUUUGGGGCGUUUCAGUCCAGAGUAUCUUCUCUUACAUUAGACGCGAUGAAGGUACAUCAUAGCGUUCAAUUAUCGGACCAGGCUGCCAAAGAAGCUCGUCGGACAAAAGCGAUGGCGGGGGUGAGCCGUCGUAUCAUGCAGCUUCAAGAUACCGUCCCACAGAAUAACGAAAAUGGUGCGGUAGUUCCGCCCCCAUGUUCUUCACCAAUUUCGGUUGGGCACUUCCAGGACUCUGACGUAUUCAAGGCUUUGCCACCCUGUGUCCAACGGAUUGGGACUACCGCUCCUUCCGACACCAAGGUACUACAUUCACCACCCCCAUCUCGGCAAUACAUAAAUUGCAAGGAAAAUGUGGAUGGUAUUCAUUCUCCUUCCACCAAAAUGGCUUUCCGUCAAGAGGAUGCCGUUGAGGUUGGCAUCCUGAGGAGGAAACAGAAAGGAUCCACAAUCACUGCCUUCCAACCUAAGGUUGUCAACUGGAUGCCGAUGCCUUCGCCGUCGUCACCAGCACUCUCAGCAAUACAGCGUGGUCAUGUCUCUGCGUCACGAAUCUUUAAGCCCGGUGACUCAGACUCGGAAUACCGUAAUAAGAGCCUCUAUGCUUCUCCUCUGAACAGCACCCGCGCCCGCACCCGAGGAUGGAUAUAAGAGCCGAUUUGCCAUUUGCCCAUCCUUCUUUGAAACCUGGCG